UUUUCUCCGCUUGACAGCAAAAAAGUCCAAAAAAUUGUGUAUUCAUUACUCACUUACUUUCAUGUUGUAAAAUUGCUUUAAGCCCAUAAAACGUCGUUAUAAUUUGCUAGAAAUGUUGACAUAUAUUAACAUACAUCGUUGUAUUUCCAAAUUCUAGUGAAAAACGUAAAUUGAUAAGUUAACCUAACCUUCAAAAUGGAUCUGGAAGAGCCAAAUAAACUGUUGAAUUCUGAUUUAUCCAAUGUAAAUAUUCUGAAUUAUCAGCUAGCAAAGCCUAAAGCUGAUAAUGACGGUGUUCUACCUAAUUAUAGAGUGGAAUUGACUACAAAAAGAGCCGUAGAGCUUUUGCUCGCAGGAACGCUUAGGAGCAAAGUUUGCCGCUAUUGCCUGAGUGUGGCGUCUCCUCUUUCGGAUUUGGACCAAAUCAUGCAGAUUGCAGGCAGAGGAACGCUCUAUAAAGUGACUAUACGCGAUAUGGUCGCUUGUUUUCACCCUUUUAAGACACUGAAUGAUCCUAACUUCCCGAGAAAAAUCUGUAAUAAAUGCCUAAACCGUUGCAUCAGCGCAUAUCUCUUUACACAACAAUGUGAACAGUCUGAGCGAGCUUUACGGUAUUGCUUUGAAGACAUUUACGCUAAACUAGAAAAGCUAGACCCUCUAGAUAAAACUAAGAAAAGGGGUAGACAGAAGCAAAACCCAAAUUAUAAUGUCUUACACACAGAUCAUGCAAAGGUGAUAGAUUACGCUGAACCAAUCAGAAAUAUUGUAAACGCAAGAUCUGUAUCCCUCAGUCAUGAGCCAUAUAUGUCCAACUUAGAAUGCCUCAAGUGCUGGCAAAUAUUUACUAAGAUAGAAGACUUGAUUAUUCACGAGAAAAGUCAUCCAAGCAACAUGUGGUUCAACUGCCGGCUGUGUGGCAAGUCAUUUGUGAAGCGCUUGCAACUGAAACGGCACUUGAAAUCACAUGCCGGCCCGGAAAUAAAGCCGGAAGAAAUACAUGAUUUCCGAUGCGGGACUUGUGGGUUUAGCAGCGAGGACCAUAGUGCGUAUUUACAGCACAUUGAGAAGCAUAAAUUUCAGUCAGUUUUACAGCAUUUAGUUGAGAAGAAGAUGGAUAAACUGUGCACCGUAUGUUUGGAUAAGAAACCGAAGCUCGUAGAUUUGGAUAAGAUGGUCCGCCUUCAUGGUGGAUACCCGGGGGUUACUGGGGACAAGACCCUUUAUAGCAUUUUGGGCUCCACCUUGCCUGAUAUGAAUACUCCAACCAACUACACAGGAUCAAAAAUAUGCGAACAGUGUCUUGACAAUGCUAUUACUUCUUAUGUGUUCAUAAACCACUCUAUCUACACCAGAGACAGACUAAAUACAUGCGUCUCUUCCAUGCUAGAUAGCCUAAACAAAGUAGAGCAACCAGAAGGCAAUAUAUUCAUAGAGAUAGCUAAAGAAUCUAUUCUACCAAUAAAAGAGCAAGACUACUUUGAUGAUAAUCUCUUACUUGAAGAAGAUGAAGUAGAUGAAAAUAAAUUGAAAGUAGAUGUACUUGAAGAUGAAUUCAGAAAACCUGAUACUGACGAGAGUGAAUCUGAACCUGAGAUAAAAGACUAUAUUAAUGCUUUCCUCAAAGAAGAGAGUCAAGAUAUAGAUAUAUUCAAAGAACUUAGCGAAAAUAAAGAGGACAAGAAUAUUGAAAUAGAUAAUCCAGCUAAGAGAGUUACAAAAACAUACACUAACAGAAAAUUAGUUAAUGGAUAUCAAGUCAAAUAUCCUUCAGAUAAUGAGGAAUAUACUCUUGAUGAUGUCAGCGAAUUUCUAACAUUCAAAAAGAAAAAGAAACCGAAUAAACAGUAUUACAAAUACAAGUUAAAAUGCCCAAUGUGCAGCAAGAGUUUCGUAACUGAUUUUCAUCUUCAAAGGCAUAUUUUGAAGCAUGAUAAUAAGAAGGUUAAAUGUUAUAUUUGUAGCAGAGAGUUUAAAUCGAAUUUUUUCUUGUAUGAACAUAUUAGAAUGGUCCAUAUUCUUGAUAAGGCGAAAUUCUUCUCAUGUAAAACCUGCGGCAGAACUUUUGAGAAUGAAGACAAAAUGAAAGCACAUGAGAAAUCUCAUUUGUCCAAAGAAUGUCAGUUGUGUCAUAAAUUAUUCGCGAGUCAAAGACAUUUCGACAGUCAUAUGCAAAGACACGCUGUCAAACUUAAUCUGGUGAAAAGUAGUACUCAAAUUUGUAGUUUCUGCGAGAAAGAUUAUACAAACGACAAUCAGCUCUCUCUACAUGUGAAUAAGGUGCACUUGCAAAUCAAACCCUAUUCUUGCGAUAUGUGUGAAAGGCAAUUUUAUACAGACAAUAAUUUGAGCAAGCAUAAGAAGAUUCAUAAUUUAAAAUCUAAAGAAAAGUGUGAGUUGUGUAAGAAGAAAUUUAAUACUAGGAAAGCUAUGGUCAUACAUCUUAGAAAGCAUACGGGAGAAACACCGCACCGUUGCCCUCUUUGUGGGAAAUCGUUUUAUUCUGAAUUUAAAGCCAAAAACCAUAUGAGGAACUACCAUGGAGGAACAUUAUAUUGCAAAUUGUGUAAAAGUGUGUUCUCAAGCAAAUAUGAUCUUAAGUCCCAUGUUAUCAUGGUUCAUAACAACGCGUUGUUAUAGCAUUCAUUUAGUGUAGGUUUAUUAGUAUUUAGAUAAGAAUAAGAGGGGACUAUUAGUUAUUUUUACUGUGACAGGUAUUUGUGUAUGCAGAA